AGAUAAUUUACGUUAUUAAGUCGACUUCCUAAUUCAAGUAAGUUGACUUGGUGAGAUAAUUUAUGUCAUCAAGUCUACUUUCAGAACUCGGUUUGUGGUCUCAGAGAGAUGAUUUUGUUGUCAAGUCUACUUACGGAUUUUGGUUGUGUCAAGUUGGCGAGAUAAGUUAAAUACUCAAGUCGAAUUCCUAAUUCUAGUAAGUCGACUUGGCGAGAAAAUACGCUGCGGGUCACGUUCACUUGUGAGUAGUCAGUUCAUGCCUGCAUGUUGUACACUUGAUGACAUGGAUUAUCUCGCCAGGUUGACUUACUAGAAUUAUGAAGUCAACUUGCAACAUUAUUUAUAUCGCCAAGUCCUCACAGUGAAUUUUAGAAGCAGACUUGAUGACAUAAAUUAUCUCGCCAAGUCGACUUAUUAGAACUAGGAAGUCGACUCACUGACAUAGAUUAUCUUUUCAAGUCGACCUACCAGAAUUAGGAAGUUGGAUUGACUAUAUAAAUUUUCUUGCCAAGUCGUCUUCCCACAAUUGUAAAGUCUACUUGCCAACAUAAAUUAUCUCGCCGAGUUGACAUCGCAAAUUCCAAAAGCAGACUUGAUGACAUAAGUUAUCUCGCCAAGUCGUCUCACCAAAUAGGGGAGUCAACUUAACUACAUAAAUUAUCUCGCCAAGUCGAUAUAAGGAACUCUGGAAUCAGGCUUGAUGCCAUGAAAUAUCUCGCGAUGUCGACUUACUAUAGUUAGGAAGUCGACUUGACUACAUAAUUUAUCUCGUUAAAUCGACUAAAUACGCUUGAUAAGCCGACUUACUAAGAUAAAUUAUCUCGGUAUCUGAACAAGUCGGAUGGCACUCACAGAGCGCCGUAGAAAACAGAGACAAACUACAGAAGUUUCCAAAACUAUUUAUGCUCAAUGUGAGCAAACGACGGUUAGAUCGCAACUUGGCAUUUAAACUUUAGACAAAGCUGAAAAAAGUUUAUGAACUUCCCCCGAUAGAAAAACACCCGUCUGUCAAUAGUUACUGAUAGAACAAAGUAAAGAACAUCUCUACAAAUUAUCUUUCUGAAUGUACAAGCCAAAAACUUAUCAGCACCAGUAGGCCUAGGAGAUCCAGUGGUCCCCCCCCCAGCGCGAAAGCUCAAGUCCUUCAUAUUAUUAAGGUGUUUGUUUUUUUACUAUGUCCCACUUGUAUGAUCCGAUCUCAAGUCCAUCUGCUUCUCUCUCAUUUAAUCACAAAAUUUAAAACAAAAGGUCACUGGAAAAAUGACGGCGUAUCCAGCGGGGAGGGGAAACUGGGGUACUUUGCCCCCCCCACCACCACCACCCACUACCACCCACGGAUUUUUUUAAACAAUUUACAUCAUAAAAAAGAAACACGAAAUAAAAGCGAGGAUGUUGGGACCACGAGCAAGGCUUUCGAUAUUUUUUUUUCUCCCAACCAUAAUGUUGAAUGAGCCCAAAGCCACAUUUGCCUUUGAAUUCCCCCCCCCCCGACGCUUAAAGCUGGAUACGCCGCUGAAAUAUGAUAAAUGUAAUCGGUUACUUGUUUAUUGCAUUUAUGGUAAUUUACGGUCAGCACAUAUAUUUUUUGUAAUACCUGACAUUCGUUGAGAUGGGAGGUUUCCCAGUUGUUUACUAAUGUUAUGAUGUAGUAAAUAGGAUCAAAAAUGAUACCGUAAACGCCAACAUUUCUAAUUUCAUAUAUUGACAGAUUACACGUACCAGAAAGCAUUAAAAAUUCAGUUUUCCAUUGACCUUUCCCCGGCCUCAAAGCCUCUUUCCCUAAACUUCAGCCCCUACCCUAUCGACCUGCUUUUCCCGUUCCCUAACGGCUAUGCACCCUUGGAGCCCUAGUAGGCCCGAUCCCCACAGAAUAAUCACCUGUUAUAAAUUGAAAAGAGUGCCCUCUAUUCCGCCUCGUCCAGCAGAUACCAAAACGCCAAUGCUCUGGUUCAGAAAAAAAUUUCCCAAAGAUGCCACUGUGCUCGAAAAAAGAGUUUCUACCUAACCUUAUGCAAAAUUCUUACACAACAGGUAGGCAUGGGGUUUUUCGUUUUUGAUCUCUUAAAUCCCAAAUAAUCCAUAGUGACCAAUGUAGAUGCAAUGCAAAUUGAUUGAAAAUGGUCGCAAAAGACAUAAGUAAAUCCAGCAGCAUUCAUAAGGAUAUUUCAAGGAUCAAGUCAUUUUUCCUGGACCGAUGCUUCCAUUCUAGGUAGGCUUAGGCGUGUAAUUCAUAAAAAUCGACUGCGACAGACUUGGCAACAUCAUCAUUGACUCAGACAGGUUGGAAUGUUCCACGUUGACAAUGUCAAUUGAUCAGCUGUUCCACGGUUCAGCAAUCUUUUCCCCAAAUGGCUCCGGAGAGACAAUUGAUCAAUCUAUUUAUGGAACGGUUUUGUCGAAAAAUUGUAUCGGGUACCGGAGGCCCAGUUCCAUGUUGCUUAUGUUACGUUAGAGGGCCAUCGAUUCGAUCCUGUCAACGAAGCGAAGCGGGCACUUCAUACUGUGACAGCAGAGCCCGAAGUUGGUCCCUCAGUCUGUUUUGAAACUGUCUCUUCGUUACCGCGGCAGUGGAGCAUUUUUAUCUGCUAAUACUUUACUUUGCGUACAGGAAAAGUAGUUUUGGCAGGGGAACAUUGAGUCUGCAGUACCAUCUGCUCUUGAUGCAUCACACAAGUGAAAACUAGUACUGUGGGUCAGAUGGCUGUGUGAGAAACAUUGUGGUUUUGGAUGUUGCAAUCAACAUGGAUCUUAAGAAAGGAGCAGAAUAUAAAGGGGAGUUUGGGGAACAAAUGUCUCAGCUCCAGAACUUGGUAGACCAGAUGAAGGAAGGUUUCAUUCAGGCUAUGGAGGAGCUGUCCCGUGUCCAAGAUGGUGACCGACUCCUCCAACAGGAAGUGAAAGACCACAAACAGGAGACAGACAAGAAGGUUGAGGAACUCACUACAUGUGUGCAUCAAAUUAGGGCGGAUCUGAGCUCUGUCCUGAAAGAAGUGCAGAAGAGCAACAAAGAGACCGGUCGACUAGCGGAGCAGUUCGAGAGCUUGAGACGGGAGCAUGGACGCAUGCGACGGAAGCUGAAACAAAAUGAACGGAAUAUAGAAAACCAAAGGCAAAAAGAACAAAGGCCAAGCAUCUCGCAGUCAACCAAGUCGGAGGGAGAUGCCAACAAGAGCGACACCAACCAUAAGACUGCACCUAAUGACAAUCUCCUUCGUCGUCGCAAGAGCACACCUGCUGCCUACUCCAACCUGAAAGGUGCACGGGAAUGUAGAAGUGUCCUGCCGUUGGAGGCACAGACACCAAUGGCUCCUAUGAUGCAACCCUUCAUUGAUUCUCUGCCAGACCCUGGUGACUUGAACAACAACGAUGGGAAUACUUCGUUUGACUUACUGGAGGGAGAUGACAGUAGGCAGUACACAACGCAGCGUAGUGGAGGUUCAUCAAACUCCAGUGGAAAUGACACAAAGGAAAGGGAACAGACGAGCAAGGCAUUCAGCCCGGGCAGGAGAGUUUCAUUCAGCACUGUAGAUCAGACACACAGCUCCAGUGACGAUCCUGAAGGUCAGAGGAUACAGGUAGCUGAAGAAUUUCUCUCAUCAGAGCGGAAGUAUGUCGGUCAGCUCAAUGCUCUCCUCGACAACAUCAUGUUACCCUUAGUCACCGAGUCACUAAUCCACCCUUCUGAUAUCAACGUCAUAUUCCCUCCAUCCCUUGCUAAGAUGUUUGACCGACAUUGCUGUCUGCUGUGUGCCCUGGAGACAAGGCUCAGUGAUGCAUUGUGGCAAGGAAUGCACGGGGAUAUCUUUGCCAAAUUUGCUGGUCCUGAAAGUUCUAGUUUCCUGUCCCAGUAUGGGUCCUACAUCAGUUCCUUUCCAGAAAGUUUGUCUUUGCUGUCACACCAUACAAGAAAAUCGGCCAAACUGACCAACUUUCUGAAGAAGCAGCUAGCCGACAUCGAAGAUGAACAAGCAGAUCUCUUGGGCUACCUCCUGGCUCCAAUUCAGAGAAUACCAGCCUAUGUUCUUCACCUUAAGACUGUCCUGGAGGUUACAGACUCGGACCACCCUGAUCACUUCCAUAUGGAGUCUUGCCUGACACACCUAGGCAGCUUCUUAGCAACGAUGAACCCAGCCAUUGAGCAAGCCGUGGAGGCUGCACGGACCCACAUACUCUUCCUCUCAGAAACAAAAGGAAGUCUGGCAUUCUCC